CAUCAAACAUAUUGUUUCUUGUUAUCCCUCUUUUUGUUUGCAGAAAUGGGAAGCCGAACUAGGACCAACCCACUGAUGAGUGAUAAGCUGCCGGAUUCUAAAAUCCUUGGUCAUGAGAGCGUGAAACCGGGACAGAGUCAUGAUGAACUGGAUCAUAGUCCUCCACCACUUCACAAUCCUGCAGUUCAUCAGAGUACUGCAGCUAGGCCGCUCACGGGUAAAGUUGAUCGGCAGGAUCGCUACUUUGCGACUGACGAUAUUGGAUUGAACAAGCAAGUUCUGGGCACACAUGCUCCAGAUUAUGUAGAUCUUGACGUGAAGCCUGUUCUUUCCAUUAUCGAGGAUAUCCUGAAACAUUGCAAAUCUCUUGACACCGUUCAUGAAGCUCAAGUUCCACCACAUUCAGAGUCAUAUGAGAUGUCCUUUCAAAAUGCUCACUAUGACGCGGAGAUAGUUCAACUGUUGGCACAUCCCAUAAACAAAAUUUCCUGGGAGAUAAUUUGCAAAAUUGCUGCUGGAGGAGAAUCACAUUCAGCAGCCAUUGGACUCCUCGAAGCACUGUCGAAUUAUGCAUGGGAUGCCAAGGUGGUCGUUAUCUUCGCUGCUUUUUCUGUCAGCUAUGGUGAAUUUUGGCUGGUCGAGCACUUUCAAGUGAAGCAUCCACUGGCCAAGGAUAUUGCAGCUCUCAAGGAUCUACCUGAAACAGUGGAGCACAAUCAGGAAAUGAGAAAAAAUUUUGAAGCUGUUUUCAAUCUUUUACAGGCUGUACAGACCGUGACUCGCAUCAUUAUAAAGUUCAAGGAGCUCCCCACUCAAUACAUUAACCGUGAUUCACCAGAAAUGGCAACCGCGACUGCUCACAUUCCAACAACUGUUUAUUGGAUCAUAAGGAGCAUUUUGGCGUGUGCAUCAAUACUCCUGAACCUUGUUGGCAGUGGUCACGAGUACAUUACCUCAACUUCUGAGUCCUGGGAGAUAUUAAGUCUAGCUAAUAAGCUCUCCCACAUGUAUGAGCAUUUGCAGACGCAACUGGAGAUUUUGAAUGGGAUUAUUGAGGCAAAUAAGAGAAAUGAACAAUUUGCUGCUCUGAAAAAACUCUUUGAGACAUUACAUAUUGACAACAUGAAGAUAUUAAGGGCAAUUAUACGUGCCAGAGAAGAUCAAAUGCCAAUCUUUGAUGGGACUAGAAAGAUAACUGAACGCCUCCAGGUAUUGAGGAGGAAGUAUGUCUUGCUACUAAUUACAGACCUCGACCUUCCCCACGAAGAGCUCAACAUUCUCCAUCUGAUUUACAACCAAAAUUCAAUGAGGCACGAAUACGAGGUUCUCUGGCUCCCCAUUGUUGACCAAGCAACGUCCAUGAGCCUAACACAGGAGAGACAAUUUUUUGAUCUUCGUGGCUCUAUGCCAUGGUACUCAGUCGAUCAUCCUUCCUUGGUUGAUCCAGUAGCCAUUAGGUACAUCCGGGAGAUAUGGAAUUUCAUCCACAUGCCUAUACUCGUUGUCUUGGAUCCACAAGGAAGAGUGUCAAACGUCAAUGCUUUACCGGUAAUGUGGAUUUGGGGAAGUCUUGCCUUCCCCUUUACUAAGGAAAGGGAAUUGGGACUAUGGAGAGAGAGUACCUGGAAUAUUGAUUUACUAGCAGACUCCAUUGAUCCGCGUACCCAGGAGUGGAUAAAUGACAACAAAACUAUAUGUUUGUACGGUGGAGAGGAUAUCGACUGGAUUAGGAAAUUCACAAGUACAGCGCGAAGCAUUGCAAACACAUUGCGAUUUCCCUUAGAAAUGAUCUAUGUGGGAAAAAGCAAUCCAAAGGACAAAGUAAGAAGAUGCCAUGAAAUCAUUGACAGAGAACGACUUAGCCACAUUUUUUCAUUGAAGGACUAUUAUGAUUAUGUUUGGUAUUUCUGGGUGAGGCUGGGGAGCAUGUGGAACUCCAAAAUUCAACACGGCAUGACCGUUGAGACUGAUAAAAUAAUGCAGGAAAUCUUGACAAUGCUAACCUAUGACGGCAGUGAACAAGGAUGGGCUGUUUUCAGCAGGGGUAAACAUGACAUGACUAAAGGCAAAGGUGACAUUUUGCUCACAGUUUUCGACAACUUCGGAAAAUGGGGACAAAGGGUGGACCACCCCGAUAAAUUUGUGCCCGUACUGGAUGAGGAGAUUACUGGCCUCCACCCUGAACACCACUGCAACCGCCUCAUUCUGCCAGGGAACACUGGAUACAUUCCGGAGACCGUGGUUUGCUCUGACUGUGGACGUAUCAUGGACAAGUAUGUCAUGUACCGCUGCUGCACCGACUAGUCUGCUAUACUAUUACUACUACUACUACAAAGGAUUUUACUGCCUUUCUUUGCGACCAAAUAAAAUUUCAUCUGCUGUAUUUUCAUGGUUUUUCCUUCUCUUGUUUACGAGACUAUAGAGUGUGUCGUGAUGAAAAAAUAUAUAUUGCUACCCUGAAUAAACAA